ACCCCUAGUUUAGUUUAGGUGUAGGCUUUACUGGGCACGCUGAAAUCCAGUGGCAGUGAAUCUGUUGGUGCGCAAAUGGCAGAUGCUUUAGCUGAGAGCUUUCAGUUGUAACCCGAGAGUGAGGGAAUAUAUGUCUAAAAUUAUGCUUUUCUCAAAGGACACGGCCGCAAGACUUUGCAUGGUGUCCAGGGCACUGCGUAUUCUUUGAGGUUGUAUUUAUUUCUUCAACCAGUGCUGGUUUUCUUUUUGGGCAAUCCCAUUUCCCCGAAGUUCUGCGCGAAUCUUAUUGCAGCGGAGGGAGCGAUAAAGGGGUUAACGCGAGUAAAGCGGGGAAAGUGAAUCAGUAUGGAAGAAAAUGAUCGCGGCAGCAGAGAUGUGGUGGAGCGGCAGGAGUCGGCAGACGAAUCCAACAGAGCCAUCCUUCCCCUCCUGCAGGCGCCGGGGAACCUGCAGAUUCCUCACCGAGUCACCAAUUUUUUCAUCGACAACAUCCUGCGGCCGGAUUUUGGACGGAGAAAGGACGCAGGCGCAAACCGCGAGGAGAGCCUCGCUCGCGGAGAACAACCACAACAGCCCCGCCGCACCCCAGACCGAGCCUGUGGGGAGCACCGUUCCAGCAGAGGGGACCUCCACUCCACACACAGUCACCGGCGCAAAGAAGCCCACUAUAUCCGCCGAGGAGCCACUGCAACCCCUGGGGGAGAGUGGAGACCAGUGCCUAAGCUCAGACUCAGACAGUUCCCAAGCCAGCUCGAACCCAUCCGCUUCGCGCAGCCCAUGCUGUGGCCAGCGUGGGUCUACUGCACCAGAUACUCGGACCGGCCUUCUUCAGGGCCAAGAUCCCGCAAACCAAAGAAGAAAUCGACCAGCAAAGAGGACAAGAGACCACGGACGGCCUUCACCGCAGAGCAGCUGCAAAGACUAAAAACGGAGUUUCAGACAAAUCGGUAUUUGACGGAGCAGAGGCGGCAGAACUUAGCGCAGGAGCUGGGCCUGAACGAAUCCCAAAUCAAGAUCUGGUUUCAGAACAAAAGGGCCAAAAUCAAGAAAGCCAGCGGCACCAAGAACACUCUGGCCCUGCACCUGAUGGCACAGGGACUGUACAAUCACGCCACCGUCACGUCGAAGGACGAAAAAUCAGACAGCGAUUGAUUUGGAAACAACACGCCUCCUGACGAAAAAGAACUUAUAGUAAUCCUAUGAUAGAUUUUUAUAGAGAUAUCACAAAAAUACAGGAAUAUUUAAUGUCACAGCACAUAAAAAUACUACUUAUCAGUCAUUUACGGAUGAAUCCAGUGCAAAAGGUCACAAGAAUCCUUGGGUUUUUAAGGAAACCAUAGCUUCCUAUGGGAAUAUUAUAGUGCUUUUUCGUUCUAUGGGAGGCUUAAUCAAGUCUACAAUGCAAUAAAAUGUUAAAAAUAAAGGGCCAGUGUAUAGAAUAUACCAGCAUAAAUUGUUUUAAAGAAUAACAGAGACAUAUUUCUGCAAUAUCACGUCUAUAAAAGAUGUUGUAUAAAAAGUAUGUUUUCAUUCUUUGUUGUCCCCGCCCCUUUCAAGAGGAACACACGCUCAACGCCCCCCCCCCCUUUUUUUUAUAUCCAAUGUGAUUGUUAUUAUUUUGAGGACUGGCCCUCGAUCUGCCAGUGAAGUGAAAAAGACUGAAGUCCAAAGACGAUUUUUCUGCUGCAUCCAGGCUACUGUGAAUUUUAGGAAGUGUAAACUCCACUUUAAUGCCAAUUCUAUUGGUUUCCUUCAUCGUAUUUGGUGUAAAAAAGAAAUGGACUGAAGGAGAUACUUGUGUCAAACACUGCUAAUUGGGCUUUUUGUAGAUCUUUUUACGCUGUUUUUAAAAAAAAAACCCCACAAAAGUUACAUUUUUUUUCAAAGAAACUGAAAUAGAUUGUUUUUCUAACACGCCACUUAACCAUACCACUAAGUUAGGCCUUGCUUUUGAUUCAUAGUCUUUAUUGAAAGCUGUGCAUCUCCCCUUCAUCAUACCAAUGUGUCUGCACAGUUAUUAUAGUUUGAAAUAGCAAUAUAUAAUUCAUUUUGUAGCGAGAUAAAGACUGUAAUGCUGGCUUUUCAGUCACAGAAACAACACUGUAGCAUGAAGACAAUGAUUAAUACCAUUUUCGCACUCUUGACGAUGAAUGCUGGUUAUUGGUUGUUUUUUUUUUUAUUGGAGGAAAUCCAAGAUGAAACUUCUUAUGACAUAUCCAUUUAUCAUACAAAGUAGGCAAAUCUGUCAGUGACUGUAUUACAGAUGUUGGAAAUCGCUUAUUGUUGUUGAAAGGACUUCAUAUGUGUAUUUAUAUAGAUUAUAUUGAGAAAAAAAAUCUAUCCAAUGACCAGUGUUGCUUUAGAGUAGAUAUCUGAGGUGUUUACACUGCUUGUUUAUCUUGCAAUAACUACUCUUUGUUUUUUGUUCUUAUUCUCUUUUUUUUUUCGUGAAUGAACAUUUGUUUAUGGGGCCUUUGCAUGGAAGCUGCAAUUUGUUCUACUUGGGAAAAUAACUGUGUUUAUAGACUUUGGUCCUUUCUUGACAAAAGUAUGAUUGAGCUAAGUUUCAGACUGUAUCCAUACCAAAUUGUGGACUUUUUUGCCUUUCAAAUUUUCUUUUUCUUUAAAUUUUCUUUCGUUGUAUAUCUGCAAAAAGUGUGUGUGAAUUAAAAUCCACCAAACCGAAAACACACUUUGCCUUAAAGUUCAAGUGGGAACCUUAUAUGAAACAUAACUGUGCUGAAUCAGAGAAGCAGUAUUACUUCAAAUGCAGACUACUCAAGUUUAAUGCCUUUAUGAAAACUGCUGGUACGACAUUAUGAAUUU